AUGGCCUCCGUUUCAACGAAGACUGCAACCCACCUCCCCGUCGCACCCCCAACAACUGCCGACUCCUUCGCCGCCUACUCAGAGGACAUCGCUCGCGCAAUCAUGACGGCCACCGGUCCCAAGCCAAUUAAGCUACAUAACUUCAUCGACGAGCUACCACCCGCUCCUCCGCCGUCCCCCGUCUCCUUCGCCAUUGACAGCAAUGGCAAGACCAACGGCAAAAAGCACUCCAAGGUGCCGAGCAUGAGUCUGGAGUAA